CUUUUUUUCCUAUAUUCUUGUGCAUUCCCCAAGUCUCCAGCAGGGGAGAUCAGGAGAGGGGAUAGCAGGCUGGCUCUCUCUGUCUCACACACAUUCCCAGUCCCCCUGCCCAGACACAGCUUGGCUGAUGACUCUGACAGUGGCUAGAGACUGAGCUUUAGGAUGAACUGGGAAGCCGCUGUCUCUGAAUGGAAAAGGGGCAGAGUGGGAGGCUGCUGGGCAUCUCCAGGACUCUGAGCCGCUGUAGAACCCAAGGAAAGGAAGGUCACAAAGCUGGUUCCCUGCGCAACAAGUUGUUCAGCACCACAGACAGCUGCCUUCCACUCAAGCAUACAAGAACGGCACUCGCCAUCCCUGUUCUUACUGUGGGAAGCACUCGCAGCAUGAGAGAUCAACCAGGAAUCCCCUUGCUUUAUCAUGAAACGUCAGCACACAUAAGACAAGCGGAGAACGCACACUGAGAAUUCAGUGGGGCACAGGACAUCAGAGGCUGUGAACUGAAUAUUUUGUCACAUAUCCUAGGAUAAUCCAGUAAUCUGGCAUAAAGCUCAACAGAAGACUCCACAUGACUACUCUGCUCAUUACAUGGUUGUACAAAUUUGUGUUUGCUGUCACAGGCUGGUGCACCAAGUACAUCACACUGCACUGAAGAGUAUCUCUGAUUUUUAAUACCCUUAUAUAGUAUGGUGCCUCCCAGUAGAACUUAAAACAUCCCAGUAUACCACAGCAGUACCACGUGGAGCAUCCCACUAUAGUACUGCUCAUCCCAGUACCAUUUUGAGGUUCCCAUGAUUGUGCAUCUUAUCCUAGUGCCACUCUGUAUAGUACUGCUCACCCCAGUACCAAAUAGUUUAUCCCAGUAUUGUGCAAUAGUAUAGUAUAGUCAGAGCAUUCAAUAUAGUAAAUCCCAGUGCCACUCCGAGCAUCCCAGUAUAGUAUGGCUCAUCCCAGUGCCACUCAGAGCAUCCCACUAUAGAACAGCCUAUCUGAGUACAAUCACAGCAUCUAAUUCUGAGGAGGCAAUUAUCACUUUACUCAGCCUUGGGCAUUGAAGAGCGUUAUCAGUGGCUCGCUGUUAAACUAGGUCAUCCCUCAAUUCUUAGCAUCCAAGUUUAGUUCUGUGUAAUCCAGAGCAUUUGAUUACAUUUCACAGCGUUCCAUCACAUCCCAGUAAUAAUAUGUCAUAUACCAGUACAGCUGUACGUAGUCCACAUUGAACACUACAUAUCAUUAAGUCUUAUUGAGUUCCAAGUACAUGCAAGUAAUAUUUUCUAUUUCUACUGCAAUACACGGUAUCCCUGUUUUGGUGUGUAUAAUCUUGGAAUAGGUUAUGGGCUAUGAGCCUAUGGACUAUGAGUCCACAUCUACAUCAUCUCUACAAAAGUGUAGAAUGGACUUAUAGCACUGAGAUAUACUGACUUGUACAUAACUGUUUUUUUAGGCAUCAUUAUGGGGUGCAAAACAUUACAAGUUGAAGACAUUUGAUACAUCAUUCCAUCAUAGACUUUGGCACCCAGAACGUUUCUCUGUUUAAAGUAAAGCUCUGAGUAUCCUUUACUCCUUCUAUAUAGGUAUGGCCUAGUGCCACUCCCUGCUAUACAACUCAAUAUUUACCAUAUUGUGAUAUAUAUAGAGGUCAGGCAAAGUUGCGUAAGGUGUAGUUGACUUCACUCAAAGCAUGGGUAGCAAAAAUGGCCAAAGGUGAGGGAGUGUCAAACAUGAGCCCCUGUAUUACUAAAACAGCUGGUGCACCCCUUACCCAUGCGUAAUGUGAGGAUCUGGGGAUCCGGUGGACUUGGGAUGGCUGCACGAGGGCUUGUUUGGACCGUGGUGCUGGUUCUCUGCAGCCCGAAGCUCCUAGGAAUGGUUUUCAUGGAUAACAGAUUGUCCCUAGAGAUGUCUGGCCGGGUGAAGCGUGGCUGGGUGUGGAACCAGUUCUUUGUGGUGGAAGAAUAUACAGGGACAGAGCCUCUGUAUGUUGGGAAGAUUCACUCUGACUCCGAUGAAGGGGAUGGCUCCAUUAAGUACACUAUUUCAGGGGAGGGAGCUGGCUCCAUCUUUAUCAUUGAUGAGCUGACAGGAGACAUACAUGCAAUGGAGCGUUUGGACCGGGAGCACAAGACUUUUUAUACCCUACGUGCCCAGGCUAGGGACCGGCACACUGACAGACUCCUUGAACCUGAAUCAGAAUUCAUCAUUAAGGUGCAGGAUAUCAAUGACAGUGAACCGCGCUUCCUACAAGUACCCUACAUUGGCAGUGUUCCAGAGCUGUCACCUGUAGGGACUUCUGUAAUGGUGGUGUCUGCUUGGGAUGCUGAUGACCCAGCAUAUGGGAGCAGUGCCCGGGUGGUUUACAGCGUCCUGGAUGGAGAGAAACAUUUCACAGUGGAUAGUAAAACAGGUGUCAUACGCACAGCAGUGUCAGACCUCGACCGUGAGUCUCAGGAUCGCUAUGACCUUGUAAUCCAGGCUACAGAUAUGGCUGGACAGUUAGGUGGACUGUCAGGGUCAACGACUGUCACAAUUGUGAUUACCGAUGUCAAUGAUAACCCUCCUAGAUUUCCACAGAGUAAGAUUCUAUUGGUGGCUGAGAUUGCUUCCUUGGGGAUGAAACUGUACCAGUUUAGUGUGGCAGAAUCAUCUCCACCAGGCUCAGUGAUUGGCCGAGUUAAAGCAGAAGAUGCAGAUGUUGGUGAAAACACGGAUAUGUUCUAUCAGAUACAGCAGCAAGAGAUGGGAGCCAUGUUUAAAGUUUCCACAGAUUCCAUUACCCAGGAGGCUGUGCUGAGUAUUAUAAAGUCGCUGGAUUUUGAGACUCAGAAGGAACACUCGUUGGUGUUAGAGGCUCAGAAUCGAUUUGUGGAUCCACGCUUCGCAGAUCUAGGGACAUUUAGAGAUCAGGCAAUUAUUAAAGUCACCGUGCUGGAUGUAGACGAGCCCCCUAAAUUUCACCCACUGGAUGGAAUUAUUGAGGUGCAAGAAGAUGCCCACAUUGGGUCUGUAAUUGGAGCGAUCACAGCCAUUGACCCAGACAAAGCUAAUAACCCAAUAAGCUAUACACUGGACAGGAACUCUGAUGAUGGGAUAUUUGAAAUUGAUGUUGAGUCUGGUGAAAUCAGGAUCACUAAACCUUUAGAUCGAGAAACCUCAGGGUGGCACAAUCUGACUGUUCAAGCACAUGAGACAGGAGACCCACUCAAAGUAUCAUUUCUGUCUCUGCGGAUUCGGAUCCUGGAUGUGAAUGAUAACCCCCCAGAGUUAGCUACACCACAUGAAUCAUCUGUGUGCGAGGAUGCUCUGCCAGGCCAGCUCAUUCAGACAAUUAGUGUGGUGGAUCGGGAUGAGCCAAUGGGGGGACAUCGAUUCUACUUCAGACUUGCGCCUGAGUCUACUGCAGAGCAUCACUUCACUCUGCUUAAUGUCAAAGAUAACACAGCCUCAGUGCAUACCCAUCGAAUGCCAUUUGACAGAAGAGAGCAGGACAUGUUCAUCCUUCCUAUCCUGGUGGUUGACAGUGGGACACCUGCUCUGAGCAGUACAGGAACUCUCACCAUUCGAGUAUGUGGCUGUGACAGCUCUGGAACUGUGCAAUCGUGUAACACCACCGCUUAUGUGAUGGCUGGAAGUCUCAGUCCUGGGGCACUCAUUGCUCUGCUUGUGUGUGUCCUGAUUCUUGUGGUACUGAUCCUGCUUAUCUUGGCUUUGAAGAGACAUCAUCAGGGCCACCUGACUUCCGAGGAGGAUGAAGACAUGAGAGACAAUGUGAUCAAGUACAAUGAUGAGGGAGGUGGUGAGCAGGACACUGAGGCAUAUGACAUGUCUGCCCUGCGCAGUUUAUACAACUUUAGUGAUGGAAGUGAGGCUGGGGGAGAUAGUUCCUUGGCCUCGCAGCGUCACCCUCUGCCCCAGUGGUUCCCAGGUGCAGAACUGGACUUCUCACUUUUCAGGGAUUACAUCAGCCGGAAGGUGAGGCUGGCAGAUCAGGAUUCAACUGUGCCUCCAUAUGACUCAUUCCAGACUUAUGCCUUUGAAGGCUCGGGCUCCAGUGCUGCUUCUUUAAGUUCUAUUAGCAGCUGGUCUACAGGCUCACAGCAGGACCUCUCUCAGCUGGGUUCUUGGGGGCCCAGGUUCCGCCAGUUGGCUGCUCUAUACGCUGGACAUCGGGGGCAGGAAGAAAGCCCGGGAUCCUAGCCCCCACAUACCCCCACUUAUCAGGGUAACAAGACUCUAAUGCUUUCAUUACAGGGGAUAACUGCUUCCUAUUUAUUACAUAUCAGUGUACAACACACAAGGAGACCCAACAGAAACUGCUCAGCCUCUCCAUUUAAAGGGCCCUACUACACAGCGUCGGCCCUAGGAAACAUCCCUUUCACUCCAUUACAUGCUACAUAGCUACUUCAUCAUCCACACAUCAUUACCCCAAAUUUCUUGUCAUUAUAUACACGUAAUAUACAGCCACCUCAUUACACAAUGACUACCAAGGCAUUUGUCAUCAUUGCAAACCAGACACUUGUUAUUAUAGGCCUAAAUAUCAUUAGCUAAAGUGCUGCUGCCAUUGCCUUCAUACAGAGUGUUGAUAUGCCACAUACAGUGCUCUAUCAUUAAUUAUGUCACAAACCUGCCAUUAAUAAUUAACAGUAGCCAUCACUGAAUGGUUAUGGUAAUUGCUCCAAUAACAUUACCUAAAACAACACCCAGCUCUUUUUAUCACCCUAGACAGAAUUUUGCCCUGGGGCAUUUCUCAUAUUUCAACCACAGCUGAAUUUAGCAGGGUAACCUCAGAGGAAUGGCUCUCAAUCCAUAGGAGGACAUAUCAGCAGUUUGAGUGGAUUUGUAAAUAGUCUUUCCUAGAACCACUUCUUGGGCCAUUGGAUUCUUCCCCUUCCAGGAUUGCCCAUGCAGUACUAACACAGAGAGUAAAAAUCCCAUAAUGCAAUGCAGCAAAACCCAGAAGCAAUUUCAUUUAUCAUAUUUCUUCAGAAGACAGAAUAAAAGUUUCUUCUUUUA